AUGUCAGAUAAAGGAAACAUGGCUAAAGAUAUCGCAUCCUCAGUUGUCGGAUCAAUUGGAGGUAACAAAGUUGCUGAUAAAUUGCAUCUUGGUGGUGUUGGUCACAUUGUUGGUGGUGUUGCUGGAGGCAUUGCCGGACAAAACCUCGAGCAUAAAGCUGAAGACGAAGUUAGAGAACACAAGGGUUAA